AUGAGUUUCUACAAGAUUGGAAGUGCUUUAACUCAGUUGAUCACGACCAGAAUUACUCCAAUAAUGAUCACCAUCCGUACCCUACAAUUCGAAUCAGCAUUUGAGUUCACAGCUCCAUUGAUUACUGCUGUAACUGUUACCAACUCUACACAGGUGGCAAUCAAGGGAAGCAGCUUUGGUUCCAAGAUCAAGGAUAUCACUGUAUCAAUCAAUGGAAAGAGGGGAAUUGCUCUGUCAUCAUUGAAAAGUCAUACUCAGAUCAACUUGGAUGUACUCAAGACUCCAUCAAUAUAUCAUGCCUUCGUCCAAGCUGGAAAGAUAUCUUUCAUGGUGACCGUCCUGUCAAACUCAUCCACCCUCUACUCAAUCACCAACAUGUGUAACUCAUCUGAUGGUGGAGCCGUGACAAUCACUGGUAAAUUCUUGGACGUCAAUGCUACAGAGUAUGCAAUAGCAAUUGGUACCCAAUAUCAAUGUACAAAUGCAUCCAAUCCAGUCAAGGAUGGUACUAUACUUGUAUGUAUAAUGCCCAAGGUCAACACCUCAGAGUCUGCCAAUCAAACAGUAUCUGUAACAAUCAAUGGAAUGGCAUCAUCCAAGAACUCAUCUGUUCUCUUCUCAUACAAUCUUCCAAAGGAUGAUGGAAGCUCCAAAGUACCUGUUGUGGCCAUUGUUGUACCCAUUGUGUUGGUAGUGGUACUUGUUGCCGCUGCUAUUGUGUUGGUGAUAUUCAUUAGAAAGAGAAGAGUGGACAACAAGAACAGGUUCAAGAGUCACAAGAAGGAGAUACCAAAGCCACACAAUCAUAAUGUCAGCCAUAACGCCAGUAGCAGCCAAAAGGUUGACCUAAGUGUUAGUUAG